AGAAAAUGGAAGACAUAGAUGGCAGCGGUGGCAUUAUGGCCACGAAGCACGGCGCGAGCUCGCGCCGACAAGACGCAACGGUGGCCAACAAGUAUGCUGCGUUCUUGCUCGCGGACCCCACGGUGGCUUACCUGCGCGCCCAGCCUGGUGCUUGUCUGACCAUCGACAACACACCGCUGACCCCCGACAUAUAUUCCAAGUUCGCCCUCUACCUGCAAAGCGUCGCGGGUGCAAAGGUCAGCCGAGGCACCUCCAUGAUCUACUUGAGCUCGAUUCGCCGCCAGUCGCUAACGAUCCACCCCUCGGCGACCCUCCUCGUCGAUGCCUGGGCGACGGAAGCGCGUCUAUUGACCCACAAGGCGUAUCACGCUUCAAGCCUGGCCACCGGCACGAAGCUCAAAAACUCGGCUCCUCCGAUGAGUCUUGCUGACUUGAGCCAUAUAUGCUUGACGCUCUGGUCGGAGAACGACGCGCCGGGCUUCGUCAACAGCUCACGUGACCGGUCUCUGAUCUCCAUGCAAUGGAGCGCAAUUGGCCGCAGCUCCGACAUGGGAGGUUUACGCUACGACCAGCUUUUGUGGAACGACGAUUGCCUCGUCGUCUCGCUCGAUCGCCAAAAGACGGCAGAGUGCCAGUCCAUUUCCGUCGUCCAUGCCGCCCUUCAGUGGACGCUCGACCCUCUGCACGCUCUUGCAUGCCAGUUUGCAUCGCGACCACACGACACGAGUUUCCACAUCUUCUCGCAACUCGGCCAUGAGAACGAUGGUUCUAACCAUUACUCGGCGCACAUCAACCGGGUGCUGAAGCGGCUUGGCGGCAAGGAU